CCGAUCAUUUAAUUGACCUAAAAAUCAACUGAUUAUCUUAAUCAAUUGAUUAACAAUCGAGUUAAUUGAUUAGAAGAAGAGUAAACCGAAUUAAUAAUCUUCGCGGUUAAUCAAAGUUUUUUUUUUCUCUUUUUAUAUUCUAACCUUUUUUUUUUGUUUCUCUUUUCUCGUGUUGUUGUUUUGACGUUUGUUUAUCUUUUUCUUUCACUUGUUUCUUCAUCUUCAUCUUCAUCUUCAUCUUUCUUAUCUUCUCUUUCUUUUUCUCUUUCUCUUCUCUCAUCUUCUCUCAUUUCCACACUUGUACUUGUUUAUUCACUGCAUCGACUCUCACCCAAAUUCUCAUCUCAUAUUAUUGAUGAAAAUUCUGUUGUUUUGAUUUUUAUCUCAAUUAUUUUCUCUGUAGUGUCUUCAUCUAAUUGGCUUUUUUUUUCCUUAACUUGCUCGAGGAAAAUUAAUCAACAAUCAAUAAAUUUCUUUCAAUGGUGAUGGAAAGAUUCAGGUGAAUCCUUGUUAAGCCAAAGAAUAUGAGAUUUGUUAUUUUAUUUCAAUUCUUUUUGGCUUGUCUACUAAUCCAUCUAAUUGAUGGUAAUCACCAAGGACGAUCAUCAUCUUACCCUCAUCAAGAUCAAUCUUUAGAUGUUGAUGUUGAUGGUGGAAUUGAAAGUGGCUUCUUUUUGUUACCUUCUUCCAUUGUCACCUCGGGAAUUGGUAGUAAUUUAAAUUCUGACUCUAAAAAUGAUUCCAUUUCAUCAUCUACCUCAUCUCAACAUUCACUCACCUCUUAUUACUCAUCACUUUCACCGUCUAAACCCAUCUUUGUAAAGGCCACUUUUGGUACCAUAACUGCCACCGAGACUGUAUUUCCAUACCAAGUGACACAUGGAUCUUCAUCUGCGACAACGACAACGACAACCACCACCACCACUGCCAAUAAAUACCAACCAUUGAAAGGAAAAGAUGGUCACAGUGGUGGAAAAUCAUCUAAUUCUAAUAAUCUAAAUUUCUCGUCAAAAAAUAUUCUCAAUGGUGUUACCUUUCGUGAGAAAAUUACUGAUUCAACUCUAGUCGAAAUAGAUUCAGCCCAUGGUAAACAUUCAAUCGCCUAUUUGGUUACACCGACUGUUAGUCGUAAUAGUCCAAUUGUGAGAGUGUUAUUUUACACCACUCACCCUGUAGCUCAUUCUCCUUCCAUAGUAACUUCACCAUCGCCAAGUGAUCCGGUUGAAAGUAAUAAAAUCAACACCAAUGGUAAACAAAAUAAUAACAAAGAGAAUAAAAAUUCUGACCCUGAAUUUUAUUCCGGUGAAAGAUCAUCAAAAGGAGCAAGUUCAAGUGGAUCAUCUCAUGAAGCUUCACCUUGUAUAUUUGUUUCAGUUUCUAAGGAUAAUGAAAAUAUCCUUGGUUCUUGUACCCCGAUCAAUAAUCGGGAAGGUGCUUGUCUCGUUGAAAUAACGUUACCCGCUUACUGGUGGCCUCCGGUUGAACUUGAUUCACCUAAAUCACGAAAAUCGGGCUCAAUAUCAGUUGAUUAUAAAACUUUCCAUACCAAUCAAUGUAAUGAAAAUGGAUCACUUUCCAAUGAUAAUAUCAAACGAUUCAAAAGCCUUACCGAUGCCUUUACACAUUUAGGUCAAGUUACCCUUUCACCUUUUACCGGCACCUAUGAGGAGGUGACAAACGAUGAUAUUGUACGAAUACUGAUUCCCGAACAAUCAACUUAUCCUAACAAUAAGAUUUACAUACCUGUUUGUUUCCGUUAUAAUCCUAAUUAUCCAAUGACCGCUUUCCGUUUACGUGCUAGAGUUAAAAGUGGCCUGCGUAUUUUAGGUGUUCAACCUUCACCAAUUUCACCGUGGAAAAUUUCACUCGAGGUAAACAGUAAGCAAACUUUAGCUACUGUAACCGCUCAAUUGAAAGAUAAUUACAUGGACCUAGAAGAUUUACAGUCCGGUGAUUCGGGGAUUCAUCUUUCACUCUCACAAGAGAUUUACUCUUGGUUAAUUCAGGUCAAUGAGAAUGUCGAUUUCAGUGAUAAUGGUAGAAUCGUUUGGCAACUUGAAUAUGUCACCGAAAAUGGAGUAGACUCACCAACCAUUGAUUUAUCAUCAUCAUCGCCAAUCAAAUUACGUAAAGAUUUAUCUUCGGUAACAAGUUCAUAUACCGAUCGGGACACCUCCAAAUUAUCAUCAAUCUUGGACAUUCAAAAGGACAGUAUCCAAGCGGUCAUUGGAAUCACCUCAAGUCUUUCAAUGAUUAAUACCGCAAUUCUUACAGGUAAACAGGUCGCUCAAUCUUUAAAGGUAUUUGCUGUUUCUCAAUCAGGAAGAUUGGGCGAUGUUACCUUACAGGCGAGUUGCACCUCAACCGAUGAAUCAGUUGUCAAAGUAUCACCUGCAUGUACCUCAAUUUACCUGGAUGGAUCGGAAAUCCGUGGUUCCUCUAAUGCAACUAUCGCAAUUAAGUAUGGUACUUAUUCUGGUUCAGCAAAUUUUAUCAUCUGGGUUCCUAAAUUACCGUUAGAGGUUCGAGUUAGCGAUGGUAAAUUAAGUCAAAUUAAAGGUUGGAAGAUACCGCAUCUUAAAAGGGAUGGACGUCGUUCUUAUCAUCAUAAUCAUCAUCAUCAUCAUCAGAAUAGUAUUUAUGGUUCUCAUGAUGAACAUAAAUCAAGAAGAUCAUCUUCAUCGAUUAACGAUAAUCUUGAUUUCACAUCAAUCGAUAGUGAUUUCCGCUGUAAACUUCGUCAUCAACAGGCUUAUAUUAAUGUUUAUGCUUCGUUUUUUAGUACCGAUCAUAAUUCAGGCCGUGAAUCUUACCUUUUAAAUCGUAAAGUUUUGGUUAAAGUAACCAAAUUGGUGACACCCUUUUUAAGAGUUACCGAUAAUCGUAUCACCCUAAUUAGGAGUAAUAUUAUUGAAGGACUUGCCCCAGGACGAAGUGAGAUUCAAAUUGUCUCACCGAUAACUAAUCAAAUAAUGGGAUCAACUGAGAUUCAUGUUGACAGUGAAAAGGAAACAAUUACUUCACUUGAAGUUAAUUUGAUUACUGGUUUAUCUUUAACAAUUAAACCAGAACCCAGUUUAUCAAAUGUUUUCAAAAUAAUAACCAAUAUUUCAAGUCGUCUGGUUAAUCAAUAUCAAGAAGGAUUAUUGGACAUUAAGGUUCACUUUUCCGAUUCUAGUGUUACUUCAUUGGUUGAUAUUACCGAUUCUGAUUAUCAAUUAUCAGUUAAUACCGGAGAUAAUGGUGCCCUUGCUUAUACCCCUUUAAUUGGUCGACCUUAUCCUCGAGUAAUCGCCAUUGGUCAAGGAAAUAAUCAAUUAACUAUUUCACUUGAGGUCUCUGAUCAAUGUCAACGUAAACGAACCCAACCUUUAGCUGUAACUCAAAUAAAUGCCGAUAUUGACCUUAACCUGCCCACUGGUCAUCUUCAAAAUGAUGCCGAUUUCCGUAAAUAUAAUGGAAUCUUAAUCCACCGUAAUCAAAAUUCAUUCCAACAAUCAUCAUCACCUUCUAAUCGUGACCGAGAAGAUGUUGAUGCCAAUGAUAACGAUGGAGAUGACCUAAUAUCCUCUUAUGGUGUCGCUGGUCAAUCAAGUAACCUUGAAAAUCAUCAUAGUAACGCUCCUUCAAUCGAAGCUCGUUCCAAUCGUGCCAUAAAUCCUUCUGAAUUAACUCCUCUCGAAGUUGGAAUGUACUCAUUGUUGGCCGUAUUUACCCUUGCGGUUUCGCUGUUCAUUGUUUCUUGUUUCGUCUUCCGUUUAAAGGGUAAACAAGAAACUUCUGACCCAAUGGUGGCCACACUACCAUUACCAUUGGGUCAUCAUUCAUUGGCCCAUCAUCAUCGUCAAAGUGGAUCAUCAAAUCAAAAGGUUGUCGCUAAUGCCAACGAUUGGAUUUGGCUGGGAAAGGCGACACUUCAACGUAACUCACCUCCCUCAUCAGGAGUAAAAGCAAAAUUAAACAAUUCAAGUGAAUUAACUCAAGGAUUAAUUUCAUUGAAUGCAAUUAAAAAUCGUGAUGAAAGUAAUCAUCAUCAUCUUGAUGUAAUAUCGGGUGAAGAUGAGGGUUCAAAUAGGAUGAGUACAGUUUCUUAUCCAGGUUCAGAGAUAAGUAUAAGAAUAACAACCAAUCCAGUUGAAGAAUCUUGUCUUGACCAUCAAGAUGUCACACCUAAUCCAUCAACACCAUUUGGCAUUAAUAAGGAAAUCGAGAAAUUUUAUCGAUCUGUGUCACCCGCUGUUCCAGCCAAAGUAAACGCCUCAACAUCAUCAUCAUCAUCGAUUCCACCUCCGAUUCCAGCUCGACGAACCAAGGGUUAUUCCAGUGCUACCCACUCAUCUCAUCUUGUACCACCAAUCCCACCGCCAAUUCCUCUUCAUCAACACUCACAACGGGAACAUUUUCCUCUCAAAAAUGACCCAAUAAUUAUACCAAACCAUAAACCUCCUCAUAUACCACCUCGUCUCAGUCGAUCGAUCCGAUGUGACCAGGUAGCUGAUUCAUCAUCAUCAUCAUCAUUAUCAUCUUCAUAUACAUCACCUCGACCACCACCGAUUCCACCUCAUUCGGUUACCACUCGAACUACCAAGAAACCUCCACUGCCUCCUCAUAGAACGGUGUCAACCAAAUUUAAACGGCCAUCGAUCACUUCGAAGACCCUAAGCAAUAAUAUCAAAAUGAACGGUCAACUUGAAUCACUAUUAUCUUCAUCAUCUUCUUCAUCAUCAUCAACUGCAGCUUCAACGAAUUAUCUUAAUAAAAAUAAUACCAAAGAUCAUAGCAACAUCAACAAUAGAUUAAUUAGCAAGACAACUAAUCAAGAAUUAAUUAAUCAUUCAUCUAUUAUUGUUAAUCCAAGUUCCACAUUAACACAAUUGACGCAAGAAAAUUCAAACAGAGUUACCAAAGAAAUGAAUUAUAAUCAACUGAUGGAAUACUUUCAGAAUCUCAAAGAAUCAAGUGCAUAAGAAUAUUAAUUUGCAAUCAUCAUCUUUAAAUCCACUUCCCACUCUCUCUCUCUUCCCACCUCCACCUUCAACACGAUUGAACACCAAUGAUUAAAAUUCAUUAGGUGUUGAUCAAUUUCGAUUUUUAUUCAUUCAAUUGGCGUUUUCUUUUGAUCAUUUCAUCUUCUUCUUCUUCUCCCGGUGUGAUUUUAGUCUUCUAAUUCUUUUAGUGGUUCGUAAUCUUGUUGAAUGUGGAAACAAUAAUGAGGUUCAUCUUAAUUUCUCUUCAUCGUAAACAUAAUGAAUGCUGAAGAUGCUGAUUGUCUACCAUCUUUACUACCAUCGGGUGAUCAUAAAUUAUCACUUACCAGUGAUGAUGAUGGCGGAGGCUGUGGUUAUGAUAAGGUUGAUGCUCUUCCAGCUGAUAUGAAAUUUACUUGACAUUGGUACCGAUAUUGCCGUUGCCGUGAUCCAUUUUACCAAUAAAGACUAUUGGUACAAGUAUUUCGUUUUAACAUUAUCAUUUAUACUUUUUCUCACCUUGGUAAGACUGAAGAUUUUUCCUAAUAACAGCUCGAGUUUUAGUAUUGUCUGUGGAGUUGAUUGUAUUAUCAUGUUCGCUUGGAUUGUCUCAAUGAAAACCUCUUUCUGUGAGAAUCGUUGUGAAGAGCUUGGUUAUAAUGCUGUUCUCGCUGUUAUGUACAUUUUCUGUUAUUUUAAUCCGGUCGAUAGUCCAACUCGUUAUCGUUAUACAAUCUAUUAUAUAUUUAUGUUCUGUGAAAAUACUCUUCUUAUGGUUCUAUGGUUUACCCGAGCUGAAUCACACCUUUGGUACCGAUUACCAGCCCUAGUAGGACAUUACAUGAGCUUUUUUACCGGUCUCCUUUUCAUGGCAGCUUAUUACCUUUUAUUUCAUCCCUCUGAAGAUAUUAAAUUGUAUCGAAAUCGUGAUCUAGAUCAAGAUGAAACUGAUCGUCAACAAUGUGCUCGAUUAGGUGGUUACAAGAGACAAAGUCACAAUGGUUUAUGGACAACACAAGGACGAGUCUUACAUCCAAGACCUGCAGUUCCCACCGCUUUAUCAUCUUCAUCUCAUAAGGAUUGUCGAUCAGCCAAAUCAAAGGAAUCAAAUAACAUUAAAAUGCGACAACAAUCAACACCAACACCACCACCAAGUGAUAAAGAAUCGUCUUCAAUGAUUACUACCAAAGGAACUUUUGUCUGAUCAAUUGGACCAUUUCUCAUUUAAUUAAUUAUCGACAGAAUUAACUCAAUUAUCAAUAUGGAAAUGAAUAAUAUUCUCAUCGUUAAAAAUGAAAAAAAAGCAUUUAAACCUUGGUUAAUUCAUCAACAAUCUUACAAAUUACUCAAAAUAUUUUCUACCAUGACAAUUAAUCAAUUGAUUGGAAAAACUUAGAUAAAAUAUAAGACCAAGAUUCUGGACAAAACUGGUCGUUAUAACGUUGAAUGAAACAACUUACACACAAUACAAUUUACCAAUAUUACUUAAAUCAGUCAAUCAUUAACACAAAGAUAAUCAAUUAGUUAAAAAGAAAUCACAAAUCAGUUUUGAUCUUCACACUUAAAUCUCAAUAUCAUUGCAAUUAUAUCUCAAUCACGUUAUCAUUUAAUUAUCUCUGUAAGUUGAUGAUUUAAUUAUCACUAUCAUGAACAAUUAACAUUGUCUCUCAUUCACAAUUACUAGAACAUCUAAACCACUAAUACAAAAUUAACGUUAUCAAGAUGAAACUAAACAGAAGAAGCUGAUCAGUUAAUCACUGGCAACUAUUAAUAUUUAAUCACUACGAUCAUCGUCAUCAUCCUUAUAAAUAAUAUCAUCUAUCAAAUGCCAGCAACACCAACAAUUUACUGAUUUUGUUAAUUUAAUGCCCAUAAACCUAACCAAAUGUACUUAAUUUAACAAUUUACCUCCAACCGUUAAUUGUUUCCUCCUUCAACUACAAUAAUCAACAAUUGGCAUUAUAUAAAUAGCUUAUUCUCUUUAUAUAUAAAUAUAUAAAUCCCCAAGUACCAUAAUAGUAUAUAAAUUGUAAGCGUUUUUCUUGAGUCAAUAAAAAUAGUUCCACCUAUUGAUUGGAAUCAAUUAAUGAAAAAGAUUAA